CACCCCUCGCUCCCAGCGUGCGCUUGCCUUUCCGUGUGAUCUCUUCUCGCAUCGCCUCACGCUCCCCCCCCCCCCCCAACCUCGCUCGCUCUCGCUCCUCCCACCCAAGCGAGGCGGCGACCCGGCCGGCCGGUCUCGUCCCCUUCCCCUUCCCUUCCUCAUCGAGCUCCGCUCGGUCGCUCGGCUCGGCAUGGCGAGUGGCGGGGGAGGAGGAGGCGGCGCAGGAGGGGCGCUGGGGGUGGCGGGGGCGGGGCGGAUGCCCACGUGGAGGGAGCGGGAGAACAACAAGCGCCGGGAGCGGCGGCGCCGCGCGAUCGCCGCCAAGAUCUUCGCGGGCCUCCGCGCCCACGGCGGCUACAAGCUGCCCAAGCACUGCGACAACAACGAGGUGCUCAAGGCGCUCUGCAACGAGGCGGGAUGGGUCGUCGAGCCCGACGGCACCACCUACCGCAAGGGAAGCAAGCCUCAAGAACGCAUGGAUGCAAUUGGGUGUUCCGUAUCACCAAGCCCAUGUUCGUCCUACCAACUAAGUCCACGGGCAUCAUACAAUGCGAGCCCUACUUCAUCUUCAUUCCCCAGCGGUGCAUCUUCGCCCUUCCUCCCUCCUAAUGAAAUGGCUAAUGGUAUCGAUGGCAACCCUAUCCUACCAUGGCUCAAGACAUUCUCCAACGGUACUCCAUCAAAGAAACACCCACUUCUACCACCUCUGUUGAUCCAUGGUGGCUCCAUCAGUGCUCCAGUUACUCCUCCACUAAGCUCACCAUCUGCCCGAACACCUCGGAUGAAGACAGACUGGGAUGAAUCAGCCGUCCAGCCUCCAUGGCACGGUGCCAACAGCCCCUCUAUAGUCAACUCCACCCCACCCAGCCCUGGGAGAUCGAUGGCGCCUGAUCCAGCAUGGCUUGCCGGUAUCCAAAUCUCAUCGACCAGUCCGAAUUCCCCUACAUUUAGCCUCGUGUCCACUAAUCCAUUCAGCGUCUUUAAAGAAUCUAUCCCAGUUGGCAACUCAUCAAGGAUGUGCACGCCGGGGCAAAGCGGCACAUGCUCCCCUGCGAUCCCGGGCAUGCCACGUUCCUCGGAUGUUCACAUGAUGGAUGUCGUCUCAGAUGAGUUUGCUUUCGGAAGCAGCACGAACGGCCCGCAGCAGGCUGCUGGACUGGUGAGGGCGUGGGAAGGCGAGCGGAUCCAUGAGGACUCUGGAUCGGAUGACCUGGAGCUUACCCUGAAGCUCUAGGGCGGGAGCUGAUGCUUAACAUCGCUAACUUUGAGGAAUUGUUGCUGUUGUUGUUAGUGUAUUUCUUAUUGUUGAUUAGUUCCUAAUGGAGACCAAUUGUGUGGUUCCAUUGAGAUAGCUUCACUUGUUGUGGUGAUAAUUAUGGCAAGGGGAGAAAGCGUAGAGGUGAAGGGCUUGCCUGGUUCGGGCAAAAUCAGCUCAGAUGUAUUAGCCCGGAGCCAUGGACAGAUGUCGGCUGUUGCAUAAGCUUCCUUGUGCUGUUGUUGUGACAAUUGUAAAUUAAUGUCAGAAGUCAUUCAGAAAUCUGUGAAGCAUUUAGCUCA